UAAACGCUCCCAGCAGCAGCUCACAGCCUCACACACCGAGCAGUGAAGACAGACUGUGCUGCUGCAGCUGCAGGAGGAGAGAGGAGUAAAUGUUGGUGAGAGGAGUUUGUUGGAUUUAUUAGUUUGUCCGGAGGAAACUGUUCAAACUUCUACAGCCGUGAAUAAAGAGACAUUCAGGAGGAAACAGCAGCAGCUCAUCUGUCAGCGCUGAUGUAAAGCAGUUCCAGGUCAAAGGUCAAAGACUUCCAUUCUCCUGCCUCCGCUUGAACUCAAGAGCCAUUAAACAGGUACAUAUGGGGCAGGGGGAGGUUUCAGCUCGAGGUUCAGCCAUGGAGGGGGACUGCCUCAGCUGUAUGAAGUACCUCAUGUUCAUCUUCAACUUCUUCAUCUUUCUGGGCGGCUCCUUCCUGCUGGGUGUUGGCGUUUGGGUGCUGGUGGACCCGAUGGGCUUCAGGGAGAUCGUGGCAGCCAACCCCCUUCUGUUCACCGGGGUCUAUGUCAUCCUGGCCAUGGGCAGCAUGCUGUUCCUGCUGGGCUUCCUGGGCUGCUGCGGAGCCAUCAGGGAGAACAAAUGUCUCCUGCUCUUUUUCUUCAUGCUGAUCCUCUUCAUCUUCCUCGCUGAGCUGGCAGCUGCCAUCCUGGCUUUCCUCUUCAGGGAGCAUUUAACCAGAGAGUACUUCAGCAGGGAGCUCAAACGUCACUACCAAGGUCACAACAACACUGACGUCUUUACAUCCACAUGGAACGCCAUUAUGACCACGUUUGACUGCUGUGGCGUUAGCGGUCCCGAGGACUUCGAGGAGAGCCUCUUCAGACUCCUCAGCCCCAAUAAGAUGGUCCCUGAGGCCUGUUGCCAGAGGAACGGUUACCUCGGAGACACCGCUGUGGAGCAGUGUGUGAGCGGCAGCGUGGUCUUCAGACACAACAAGGGCUGUUACUCUGCGCUGGUCGACUACUUUGAGACAUACAUUUACACAGCAGGAGCUCUGGCCAUCGUGGUGCUGACCAUCGAACUCUUCGCCAUGGUGUUUGCGAUGUGUUUGUUCAGAGGUAUCCAGUAACCGCUGCGUCCACACGCAUCAUCAGCGGCCGUCAGUGCAGAGAACACAAACUGUAAAAUAUGAAAUGUAUUUGUACAGUGAUAGUUUCUGUGUCUCAUUGGUUUUGUGACAUCAUUUUGUACUUCACAGCAGCAGUGAGGCGUUUGAGGUACUGCUUAGGGCACAGUAGACACACACAGGAAGUAAUCCGCCACCUGAAGACGAGGUUCUGCACUGUUUCCUCCAAAGUAAAGGAUUAACACUGGUGCUAAGAGGCUCUGCAGGCUGAGGGCAAACUCAUUUAUAGGUGGUCACUUGAAUGAAUCUGUGUCCUGGAAACACGCUCAUGAUUUACAGCCUGAUUCUCACCUCGACUGGUUUUCAGGAUCUCAGAGAGUCUGCACAAUUUCUGCACAGCACAGGUCAGGUUCAAGCAGCACAUGAUAACAGGCAGUGAGCCUCAGAACAGAAUUAUAACGAAAAUGUGAAGAUGAUCAUUUAGUUUGAGCUGAUCAACAAUGGAAAUCAGACGACGUCGGCCUCAUGCAAGAACACUUUUGUUUUCUCAUCAAAGACUUGUCUUUCUCUUUACUGUUGGAAGUCGCCAAACUCAAGACGUGUUGUUAAACACUUGUUUGAUUCACUGGAUUUGGCUGAUGCGGUCUUCAAAGGACGUGGCCGAUGUCGACCACGAAGGCUGCAGCCCCUGAAUUGAGACACAGCCACUGUUAUCAGGUUGUCCAUACAUCCGUCCCACUCUGGUGAUCCUGAUAUCUCAAGAACACCCUGAGGGAAUUUCUUCAAAUUCAGCACAAACGUCCACUUUGACAACAAUGAUCUAAUCAGAAUGUGGUGGUUGAGGGUCAAAGGUCAAUGUGACCUCACAAAAUGUUUUUGGCCAUAACUGAAGAACUCAUUCACUAAUUAUGACCAAGCUUGACACACAUGUCUAACAGGAUAAAACAAUGAAGUUGCAGUGACUUUGCUUCACAAAACACAAAACCUACAAGCCACUGAGGGGCUGCUAUACCGGUACGUGAUUAUUUUACGCGUCUCCUAUGUGCAGUGGGUCGGUUAAUUCAGACUAACAAGCGUCCGUGCAGCAAUACUCAAGUGUGUUUAUUUACACAUCCUCUGGUGCAUCACAAGAAGCGUCCGUUGAUCCACAUGUACGGAUACCAUUAAUAACUUACAUGCAAAAACAAACAAAGGCUCCAUUGUCGGCCACGUUACACCUGACGGUCAAAAAACUGUAUGCUUCACCGGAAAGCAACUUUCAACUGUCAUGGCUUCAUAUGAGUCCAGAAGGACAUGGAUGUAAACUGUAACUGCAACUUGUCCAGGUCUCGAAGGCAAACAAUUGCAAGGUGGUAAUUCUAGUUGAAGUGUAAAUCCAAUCUCCAGAAGUAAAAAGCGAACACUUGGCUAUCAGUGAACUACACCACAGUCACAUGGCUUCAGCGUCAUCACUAACUUUGUUGCACUGUGCCUGACAGAAAAACAGCUACAGGUCUGUAAAACACAGCCAUGCUGCUGGAAACACAGUGAUGACUCUAAAAACUACUGGUUUUGAUGUUUGUUGGUCUCAAACAGUGGUCUGCAGCUUGGAUGGUGUGUCUCUCCCAGGUGUCACACCAUCCAAGAAACUUGUCAUUGUCCCUCAGAGAAAACUCUAAAUCUGAGAAAGUUUCUGAAUCAGGAACAAAUUCUGUCUUUCUACAGGAGGUUCUUACACGAGGCCGAGCGUCAGCGACACCAGUCAGACAUCGUUAAACGUAUCUGUUCACAGUCAGGAUUUAAAACACGUGUUUACAGGGUCUGUCCACUCACACAGGGUUCAGUGUAAGAUAUUAUAACCAUUAAAGGAGUAUUCUGUAUUUAAGUUUGUGGUGGAGCACCUGUGCAUCAACUUCACAACAUGAGACUGAAUGUGUGUGUGUGAGUGUGUGUUUAUAUGUAAAUAAGCCUCAGUGGGACUGUGUCAGUGUACAGUGUGUGUUUGUGUGUGUUUGUGCACAGUGUGAUACUUUUGUCAGUAGUUAAAUAAAAACAGGAGUUUAGCUGAAACAAUAUUUUACUGUAAAUGUGUGUUUUGAAACUUGAUUUGUAUAAAUGGCACUGA